CAAAAGGUUCCGUUCAGAGCAGCAAAUUCUCUGGCAAAAUAGAACAAAAAGAUAUUUUUUACUGCCAUCUUAUGACAAAUUUUAAUACUGUCAUCCUUUGGGAAUGUGUCAGUGAAUAGAUUUCUAUGUUUUUCAGUUUUUCAUAUUUUACAAUCUAGAGUCUAGAUUAUUCGAUAGUGAUUCGAUAAUUACACAACAAUACGAUUUCAAUUAUUUUAUUAAUACAUUUCACGUUGGAAAACAACGAUUACUAUACAGUUAUUUUUGUCAAGUCAUAGUUGCCGGUCGUUGAAAAUCCUAACAAAAUGGUUAAAGCAGUCGCCGUUUUAAAAAGCGAAACCGUAAACGGAACAAUCUACUUUUCACAGGAAGGUAGCGGGCCAGUUCAAGUCAACGGCCAAUUGAACGGCUUGAAACAAGGACUUCACGGAUUUCAUAUCCACGAAUUCGGCGACAACACCAACGGAUGCAUCUCCGCAGGACCCCAUUUUAACCCAUCGAAUAAGGAACACGGUGCCCCCGGUGACGCAGAAAGGCACGUCGGCGAUCUAGGUAACGUGGAAGCCGAUGACAAAGGCGUUGCUAAAGUAGCAAUAACCGACAAACAGAUAUCUCUAAACGGGGCAAAUAGCAUUAUUGGACGUACCGUAGUAGUACAUGCCGAUCAAGAUGACUUGGGUAAGGGUGGUCAUGAACUGAGCAAAUCCACUGGAAAUGCUGGAGGUAGGUUGGCUUGUGCAGUUAUUGGAUUGGCCCAACCCAAUUAACAAAGUUACAAGGGAACAAUAAAGCACCGUAUAAUUGUAUAGAAGUAAUACAUUUAUCCUUUAGUUUCCAUUAAAAAUGGUUAUUGGGGUUUUUUUGUUCAUUCCAGUUGUAUUUUGAUAUAAUUUGUUCUUUUUUUUUGUUAAUAAUGAACUGAAUAGUGUUUAAAAGUGAAAUAUAUAACCUUCAAGGAAGAAAA